GAGUUCUCCGCCGUGUGGGCGAGCCGGAGCCGGCCGCUGCUGGCAGGGGACCGGCGGGACCUGUACCCUCACAGCCUGCAGUUCUACCUGGACCCCCCCACGGAAAACAUCUCGCUGGUGGAGUUCGAGAGCUUUGCCGUCGACCGCUUGAGGCUGCUCAAAGUAGUUGAAAACCUUGGUGUGAGCUAUGUAAAAGGCAGUGAUGUAUACAAAAGUAAGCUGGAGAGUGAGAUCCGGAAACUCAAGUUUCCCAAAUACAAAGCGUUGGCUGAGGAUGACUACGAGACAAGAAGAAAAGACCAUAUCUCACACUUCAUACUGCGCCUUGCUUACUGCCAGUCGGAGGAUCUCAGGCGUUGGUUUCUCCAACAAGAAAUGGAUCUCCUGCGGUACCGCUUCAAUGAACUGACUGACAGCUUAAGGCAGAAGUUCCUGGAACACAUUAACUUAUCUUUUGAGGCU